GCUCGCACUGCAUCUUCUGCACAUGUCAGAGAUCUCUCAGCGUCGGUUCUCCUCCGUCGCCGUCGACCGAGAUGCCCGUCACCGUGGUGGACAGGGGCGGCGCCGCCACGCUGAUGCUCGCGUCCCUCUUCCUCCUGGGCACCUGGCCGGCUCUCCUGACGCUGCUGGAGCGCAGAGGCCGGCUGCCCCAGCACACCUACCUUGACUACUCCGUCACCAACCUCCUCGCCGCCGUCCUGAUCGCCGUCGCGUUUGGGCAGCCUGGGGAGAACAGGCCUGGCAUGCCAAGCUUCUUCACUCAGCUCAGCCAGAUGCAGGAUAAUUGGCCUUCAGUCCUAAUGGCAAUGGCCGGCGGCAUUGCCCUCAGUCUCGGAAAUCUUGUCUCGCAGUAUGCGUGGGCGUUUGCCGGUCUGUCAGUGACAAACAUCAUCUGCUCAAGCAUGACGGUAGUCAUAGACUUUAGAGUUCAUUCAUGUGCAGGGACAACAAUCAACUACUUCCUUGAUGGACGCAUAAAUCGAGCCGAGGUACUCUUCCCCGGUGUCGCGUGCUUCCUCAUCGCGGUGUUCCUUGGCGCCGCCGUCCAUUCUUCCAACGCCAAGGAUGAUGAACAGAAGCUAAGCAUGAAGAAUGCAGACAUCGAGCUUAGCAGUGAGGUUUCUGACGAAGCAAAGUUGCUGCCUGAUCCUCGAGAACCGACGGACGGCGAUGAAGAAGAUUACAGCGCUUCCAAUGAGCCGAAACCUGGCUCUGCAGAGUUCAUCAUCCAGGUCGAGGGGAGACGAUCGAUCAAGGUAUUUGGUUCCCACAGGCUGCUAGGCCUCAACCUGGUUUUCCUCGCCGGGGCCUGCUUCUCCCUCUUCUCGCCGGCGAUCAACCUGGCCACCAACGACCAGUGGCACACCCUGAGGAAGGGCGUCCCGCACCUGGUGGUCUACACUGCCUUCUUCUACUUCUCGGUGUCGUGCUUCGCGCUCGGGGCGUGCCUCAAUGUCUGGUUCUUGUAUCACCCAAUGGCCGGUGUGCCGGCAUCAAGUGUCGGAGCAUAUGCCAGGGACUGGAACGGCAGGCAUUGGGCCUUGCUGGCAGGGCUCCUGUGUGGGUUUGGGAACGGGUUUCAGUUCAUGGGCGGCCAAGCUGCUGGGUAUGCAGCUGCUGAUGCGGUCCAGGCGAUGCCCCUUGUAAGCACAUUCUGGGGCGUCAUCCUCUUCGGGGAAUACCGAAGAUCGUCAAGGAAGACAUACUUGUUGCUUUCAGCCAUGCUGUUGAUGUUUGUCAUGGCGGCCGCUGUUCUCGUUGCUUCAGCAGGGCAUAGGAAGGCAUUUGAUACCAAUGCUAAAUUCAUUGUAACGAGUUUGCACAGCAGAUACCUUUAUUUCAGAAAUUUCAACAUACCCAGCAUCUAUUAUUGAUUUUAACAUAUCCAGAAUGUAACAUAAAGGUUUGAAUAACACAAGUAUAACUCGGUUCAAGUGUCUACUCCAUGAACAAACCAAAAACAUAAGAAUAUUCCAGU